AUGUCGACUGACGAUCAAUUUUCUUCCGACUCGACAGCUAGCUCUUCUAUUUCCAAUGUUCAACUUAAGCUUCCUCCCUUCUGGCCAAAUGAUCCUACCAUUUGGUUCGUCCAAGUUGAAGCUCAAUUUCUAACAAAGGGCAUCAGCAAACAAUCAACAAAAUUUGCAUAUAUCGUUGCAUCACUUGAACCCGAAUAUGCUCAGGAAAUCAGAGAUCUCCUCAUUUCUCCCCCAAAGGAGAACCCAUAUGAUGUUUUGAAAUAUCAGCUCAUCCAACGAACAUCAGCAUCCGAACAAAAACGGCUCCACCAACUACUGAUUUUGGAGGAGCUGGGAGAUCGAAAACCCUCUCAGCUGCUCCGAAAAAUGAAACAGUUGUUGGGAACCAACACUCUUGAGGAGAACAUUCUGAAACAACUAUUCCUGCAGAGGCUGCCAACCAAUAUUCAAGUUAUAUUGGCUUCAACCCGAGAUUCCAUGGAAAUCGAGAAGCUUGCCGACUUAGCCGACAAGAUUCUCGAAACCCAUUCCCCAAUUCAUCACUCUCGGGUAGCACAUCUGUCUCCCUCUUCUUCUUCCACCACACCCUCUUCAAAUCCUGAAAUGGCAGAGAUGAAAGCUCAGAUCGCACAGCUUUCCCUUCUUGUCCAAAAUGUGUCGGCGCAACAAUCCGAUCGGAGCCGAGGUCGCAGCCGUGAGCGAGGCUCUCGCCAGAAAGAAAGCCGUCAGCGUAGCAAGAGUCCUCAAUCACAUGUCGGAGGAGACUGCUACUACCAUUGGCGUUUUGGAAAGGGGGCAAAGAAGUGCACUCCCCCUUGCACUUUCAACCAGACCAACCAGGGAAACGACAAAGCCAGCGACUAG